AGGCCCAGCAUCCAGUCACAGUCCGGAGUCCGGUUGGUACUCCGCAAGUUCGUUUUUUUUACGCCGGCGGAAAUCAACCUGCGCCGCUGCCUUCUCCGUUCUCGCCGUCGCCUCCGCCUCCGCUGCCGCCGCGCAGGUCAGGGUCAUGUCGAUCUUCGAGUACAACGGGAGCGCCGUGGUGGCGAUGGUGGGGAAGAACUGCUUCGCGAUCGCCAGCGACCGCCGCCUCGGCGUGCAGCUGCAGACGAUCGCCACCGACUUCCGACGGGUGUUCAAGGUCCACGACAAGCUCUACAUCGGGCUCUCGGGGCUCGCCACCGACGCCCAGACGCUGUAUCAGCGGCUGGUGUUCAGGCACAAGUUGUACCAGCUGAUGGAGGAGAGGGACAUGAAGCCCGAAACCUUUGCCAGCCUUGUUUCAGCCCUCCUCUAUGAGAAAAGGUUUGGACCAUACUUCUGCCAACCAGUUAUUGCUGGCCUAGGAGACAACGAUGAGCCGUUUAUAUGUACCAUGGACUGCAUUGGUGCCAAGGAACUAGCAAAAGAUUUUGUGGUCUCCGGUACUGCUUCAGAGUCACUUUAUGGUGCUUGUGAGUCCAUGUAUAAGCCAAACAUGGAACCCGAAGAACUUUUCGAGACAAUCUCGCAAGCAUUGCAGGCAUCUGUUGAUCGCGACUGCCUCAGCGGCUGGGGAGGUUAUGUUCUUGUUGUCACACACACUGAAGUGCAGGAGAGAGUGCUGAAGGGAAGGAUGGACUGAUGAGUGCUGCCAUGUAGUUAUUCUAGGAGAGAUUGUUUCUUCAUUCGCCCUGACAUACUCGCCCCUGUCCUACGGCGUACAGAAUUCAGAGAACCUGUGCACCACGUUUACUUCUCAUUCUGAAUGAACAUUGAUUCAGU